AUUUUUAAGGUUUGGGAGGGUGACGAUAAAGGUUGCUGAGUGGGGAAGGCAGGCCUGCAGCGGCCGGUCUUUUCCCUGCCUAAUAGUGAUGGAGAGGCGAUGUACCCAAUCACUGGCUUAGAUCGAUUGACAGACGGCUGCUUGAACCUAUCAUCGCUUGGGGCGGUUCUUGCCAUGCUUUGUGAAGUCCCUUUAAAAAGAAGCUGCUGUCUGAAGGAAACGCGGUCGCAACGUUGUGCAUGUGGGGGAUACAGGUCUUUCGUUAUGUGCAAUUAAACGGCUUUUUGGAUGUGUUGUGGAUCAUCAGUAAUUAUAAAAUGAAAAAGCACCCACCAAACCGGAGAGGAAUAUCCUUUGAAAUCGGAGGCCAGUUGGAGGCACGUGACAGGCUAAAGAAGUGGUAUGCUGCUCACAUUGAGGAGAUAGACUACGAGGAAGGCAAAGUGCUGAUCCAUUUUAAGCGCUGGAAUCACCGCUACGAUGAAUGGUUUUGCUGGGAUAGUCCAUAUCUGCGUCCUUUAGAGAAGAUCCAGCUAAGACGUGAAGGCUUGGUUGAAGAGGAGCCACAAGUGGCGUUUCGUGUAAAUGAACAAGUGUUGGCUUGCUGGUCUGACUGCAGGUUUUAUCCAGCAAAAAUAGUAUCUGCUAACAAGGAUGGUACAUACACUGUAAAAUUCUUUGAUGGUGUUGUGCAGACUGUCAAAAAUAUUCAUGUCAAAGCCUUUUCCAAAGACCAGGAAAAUGGCCCCCGUCCAAAAACAAAGGAAAAGUGCAGGGAUGGCACUUCUCCAUCUGACAAAUAUAGGGUGAAGUUUAAAGAACAAAGAAAGUCAGCAGAGAACACCAACCCAGACAAAGAGAAAACUGUAGCCUCCAAAAAGAAAACCUCCCAGCUAAUAAAAGAAAAGAAACCUAUAGUCCAUGAAAAAAGUAAGAUCCCAGAGAAAAAUGUAGUAAAGAACGAGAAGGAAGACAAAGAAAACAUAUCAGAGAAUGAGAGGGAGUCUUCUGGGGAUUGUCUUCAGGAAGAAAGUAGCACCCCAAGUGAAACCUUGAGAACGCCACUUGAAAAUGGGGAAAGAAGAAAGAAACGGGAUCGGUCAACCACAGCACUGCCUUCUGAUUCUGUUUCACAAACAUUGCAACCAGAAACGCUGGAACUAAGGCGACGUAAAAUAUCAAUAGGAUCGGAUAUACCAACAAAGAGGUCCCGACUAGAUAAAAGCACAAAAAAGCGUGUUCCUAUAAGUGAAAAUGUGAAGGUUGAAAAUGGUUUGCCAAAAGAACAGCACCCUGAGACUGAGGAGAUCUGUGAGACAGAGGAUAUUUUAUCACCCCUAAGUUUGUCAUUAUGUGAGAGUCAGGAGAAACUAACAGGAAAUGAGGAAAAGACAGCUCCAUCUACAGUAGAGGAGGGAGCCUCACAAGAACCCAAAGUAACUUCCAUGGAAACACAGGAAGUGCAUACAGAGAGCUUUACACCAUCUAACCCAGAACAAAUUGAAGUUAAGAAACCACCAGAGACUGAUGACCUUGUGGAGCCCAUUGUUACUGAUGUCCCUUCCUCCACACCAGAUAGGAAAGCAGAAGAAAACCAUAGCACAGAAAAAAAUCAGAUUCAAGACGUGUCAUCUGCAUCAGCUCCAAUGAAGCGGAUUCCUCGCUCUGACAGUUCUGCUAAGUACAGCAGAGAACCUUUAGCACAUGCCCUGAAGAAAUCCGAUGAUCCAGCUCCCAAAGCUGUGACCAUGGAACUGGAUCCCAACAGGUUUAAGUGCAAGUUUUUGGAUUGCUCGAAAUCCUUUCGCAAAGCAAAACUGCUGCACUACCAUAUGAAGUAUUUCCAUGGGAUUGAGAAGGCAGAGCAGGAUCAGAGCCCUGUGACCAGACAAAUGCAGACAAGAGGUUCUUUAGCUCAUGAAAAGUCCAGCCAAGGAACUCCAAAGAGGAGACGGACCACCUCUGGUUCUCUGCACACCCCUCUUCAGAUAUCAUUACGGAGUUCACCUCAGGAUGGCAAGGCAGAGAGGCUAGGAGAAAAGAGAAGACAUUCAAUGCAUGCCUCAUAUACUUCAAACUCUUAUCGUCCUUCUCUCAAAGAGAAGAGCAAGGAGGAGAAUCAGAUCCAGAAAACACACAGCAAAUCUGACAAACCGUCAAAGAGUGUUAAAGACAAAGAAAAGAUAAGAGAGAAACUUAAGGAUUCAUUGAAUCUAAAGGCUAAAAAGAAAAAAAAGAAGAAAAAGAAAUGCAAAUUAGAGAUCUCUGGUAGUGAAGAAAAUCUUGAUAUAUCGCAAGAACUGUCUCCCAAAAAAACGCAAGUGAUCAAACAGAGUCCUGAUCUUAAGCCAUCUUGUCAAGUGAAAAGUGCACCGAUGAGGAGCUCAGAUCAUGGCAGAAGAAGAGACAUAGGAAGCAUAAGUGACGAGGAUACUCUGAGUGAUUCCUGCACUGAAAAUUUGCUUUGGAGCGAUGACGAUGACUACAAUGAAGAGAUUGAUGUGACAAAUGGCGAUGAAGAACUAGAGGAAGAGCCCGGAAAUUGUGAAUUAGUACGGUGCAUGUGUCAGGUGCAAGACGAGAAUGAUUUUAUGAUUCAGUGUGAAGAAUGCCUUUGCUGGCAGCAUGGUGUCUGCAUGGGGCUACUAGAAGAUAAAGUUCCUGAGAAAUACAAGUGUUAUAUUUGCCAGAAUCCACCAGGUCAGAGGCUAAGUCUGAAGUACUGGUAUGACAAGGACUGGCUGGAUAAGGGGCAUAUGCAUGGCUUGUCGUGUCUGGAGGAAAACUACUCUCAUCAGAAUGCAAGGAAGAUUGUGGCCACACAUCAGCUAUUAGGGGAUGUACAGAGAGUGAUUGAGGUUCUGCAUGGACUGCAGUUGAAGAUGAGUAUAUUGCAAAGCAAAGAGCAUCCAGACUUGAAAUUCUGGGGCCAACCUUGGAAACAGCAAGCAGCGAAUGACAAAUGUUACAUCAGGCGCAUCGGGGAAGAAAACUCGUGCAAAGGUGACUCCACAAUUCAUCGGACUUACAAUGGUGCCGUGGACAAACCCUCCCCCAUUCCUUCUAUGGAGGAAUCUUACAUAAUGAGCGAACACUGUUACCAAAAACCUAGGACCUAUUACCCUGCAGUAGAACAGAGACUUGUUGUGGAGACACGCAGUUCGGCAUUGGAUGGUGGAGUGGAGCGAAUACGGCAGAACAGGGAAGACUCAAUUGCUGAGAGACUUGGGUGGGAGUUGGACAGAGAGCUAAUAAAAACAGAGAGCGAAGCAAAGCAUAAUUACUGUAAGGUAAGAGAAUGCCUGUCCAAGAGGAACCCUCCUCAAGAGGUCACGCAUUCUCCGCCAAUAGAUAUUAGUGAUGGCGGCAUCAGCUCACAGAUACAGUGGCAACUCAACUUACUGGCACAUUUGGAGUCUCUGCAGGAUGAAGUCACUCACCGGAUGGAUUUCAUUGAGAAGGAACUUGAUGUGCUAGAGAGUUUCUUGGACUACACAGGAGAACUAGAGCCUCCAGAACCCCUCGCACGACUUCCUCAGCUCAAACAUCGGAUCAAACAGCUCCUGACGGACCUUAGCAAAGUGGAACAAAUAGCUCUCUACUGCUCAACAUAAGGAGCAUACAAUGUACAUCUUGGCUGGUCUUCUAUAAGGCUGCACAAGGCUCGGGCACUACAGAGCUUGGCAAUGGCAUGCAGACUGCAUGUGCUGCAGACAGACUGCAGAGUUGAACAAUGAAAUGAUUGGCCUCAAAGUAAAGGCACUCUAUUGUUAUACUUUCAUAAUUAUAAGUAACCCCCCCCCCCC